UUUUCGCAAUCUUUCAAUAUCACCAUCAUUGCCUCAUUAUUCAGAAAAGAGGGAGAAAAUCAAAAUAAAAAACCUAUCAUUUUGUCCACUUUCUUUAAUCUCCUUUUACUAAUUAAACCAUGAUUAAUCUCCCCUUAUAAAAAUCCCAUUUCAGAGCCUUUUUCCUCACGCCAUUCAAGCUAAGACAUGGUAUUCACCGUGUCUUUUGCAUCUGGAAUCCCGCCUUCUAUUUCAAAAUCCGAUUUCAAGUUUCGGAGUCGGUACCGGGUCCGGGUCCGGAGUGAAUUACCCGGGAGCUCGGAAGUAGUGUCAUUGGAUCGGGCGGAGACGGUUUUUAUCGAUAGGAAAGGAGCUGUAGUGAAAGAUUCUGAUGCCGGUAGGGCGGUUUCGGAAGUCAGUGCUCCGGAAGGUUUGAAAUUGUUGUAUGAAGAUGGAUACAGGACUAGCGUGAUUGAUUAUCUUGAUGUAUCGAGGGAGAUCAUUAAGCCAGAUGGUGGGCCGCCUCGCUGGUUCUGCCCUGUCGAGUGCGGGUUGCCGAUUAAGGGUUCGCCUCUGCUGUUGUUCUUGCCGGGGAUUGAUGGUGUUGGGUUGGGACUCAUUUUGCAUCACAAGUGUCUUGGGAAGGUUUUUGAAGUUAGGUGCAUGCACAUUCCUGUUUACGACCGCACACCAUUUGAAGGACUGGUUGAAUUCGUUGAAAACACGGUGAGAUUUGAGCAUGCUGCAUCUCCAAAUAAGCCAAUUUAUCUUGUUGGGGAUUCCUUUGGGGGAUGCCUGGCACUUGCUAUUGCAGCUCGUAACCCCAGUAUUGAUCUAGUGUUAAUAUUAUCAAAUCCAGCGACGUCAUUUGGAAGAUCACAAUUGCAGCCUUGGCUCCCUGUCUUGGAGUGGUUGCCUAACGAACUUCAUGUUACUGUCCCUUAUCUUCUCAGCUUCGUUAUGGGUGAUCCUGUGAAAAUGGGAAUGGCCAGUGUUGAAAGUGGGCUUUCUCCUUCAGAAACACUUGAUCAAUUGUCAAAACGCCUCUCUUCUAUGUUACCACGUCUUUCAGGUUUGGCAGAAAUUAUACCCAAGGAGACUCUUCUGUGGAAACUCAAGCUGCUUAAAUCCGCUGCCUUAUAUACUAACUCACGGCUCCAUGCUGUCAAAGCUGAAGUACUAGUGCUAGCGAGUGGCAAGGAUAACUUGUUGCCUAGUAAAGACGAAGCUGAACGGCUUUGGAAUACAUUACCAAAUUGCAAAGUUCGCUACUUCAAAGACAAUGGUCACACUCUGCUUUUGGAAGAUGGUCUCCGCUUGCUGACUGUUCUUAAAGGUACAAAUAUGUACCGGCGUUCAAGACGAUAUGACUAUGUAUCAGAUUACCUUCCACCUAGUAUCACGGAAUUCAGAGAAACAUUCGACCACGAAUUUCUCAACCUAGCUACUAGUCCAGUGGUGCUUUCAACUCUGAAAAAUGGAGAGAUAGUGAGAGGUCUUUCUGGGGUACCUGAUGAAGGUCCUGUUCUACUGGUCGGUUAUCACAUGUUAAUGGGAAUCGAAUUGGGCCCGAUUGUGGAGGCAUUCUUGAGGGAGAAGAAUGUUAUGAUUCGUGGCAUUGCACACCCAAUGAUUUUUUCGAAGAAGGUUGAAAGUUCAUUGCAAGAGGUCUCACGGAUGGAUGUAAUAAGAAUAUUUGGUGCACUUCCUGUCUCAGCAAUCAACUUCUAUAGGUUGUUUUCGUCAAAAUCAUUUGUUCUUCUAUAUCCUGGAGGUGCACGUGAGGCCCUUCAUCGAAAGGGCGAAGAGUAUAAGCUGUUUUGGCCAGAUCAGCCUGAAUUUGUAAGAAUGGCAGCUCGAUUUGGGGCCACAAUCGUACCGUUUGGAGCUGUUGGAGAAGAUGAUGUAGCAGAAUUGGUUUUUGAUUACAAUGAUCAAAUGAGCAUUCCCUUCAUGAGAGAUUGGAUAGCUGAUAUAAAUAAAGGUGUUACAAGAUUGAGGACUGAUAUGACUGGGGAGGUUGCAAAUCAGGACCUUUUCCUUCCUGGUCUUUUGCCAAAGAUACCUGGUCGAUUUUAUUAUUUAUUUGGGAAACCUAUUGAAACAAGGGGUAGGGUGGAGGCAUUGAAAGAUAGAGAAAAGGCAAAUGAAGUAUAUAUGCAGAUAAAGUCCGAGGUUGAAGGCAUAAUUUCCUACCUGAAAAGGAAGAGAGAGGAAGACCCCUACCGGGGUAUCUUACAAAGGACUAUUUACCAAGCUACAUGGGGUUCAACGGAUCAAGUUCCGACUUUUGAUCCAUGACAAGUUAGCUUCAAAGGUGCAAAUUCUUUGUUCUUUCUUGUAAAGAGCACUACCAUUGUUGUUGUGGAGAUCCUAGGGUCUGUUUGAUUGAAAUACAAUAAUAAGUCCUACAUGGCUUUUUGAAAAAAAUAAAAAUGCAAUGGCAUUGGGGUGUCAUUGGUUGAUGAUCACCCCAUUCUAGAA